AUGACAAACUUCCUGGAAGCGCAUCCAGGAGGUCGAUCUGCCAUAUUGCAACAAGCGGGAAGAGAUGCGAGUGCAAAGUUUACGCUUUUACAUCCGCCCGAUGCCAUCGGAACACUUCCUCCAGAAUACUGCAUUGGACCCGUUGAUCUUGAAACUCUUCCGGCACCAGAAGAACAUGAGCUGAGUGAGGAUGAGAUACGGCAGGCAGAGGCAAGACAGGAGAUGCCUCCAGUCGCGAACAUACUUCUGGUGCAAGAAUUCGAAGAUUGGGCUGAGCGCGUUCUCAGCACAACAGCUUGGGCGUACUAUCGGAGCGCGUCUGAUGAGGAAGCUACGUUUCAUAAUAAUCGCGACGCCUGGGGAAGAUAUUUCUUCCGACCAAGAAUCAUGCGAGAUAUGUCACACGGCUCAACUUCAACAGCGUUCCUUGGGAUGCCGACCUCGAUGCCGAUCUUCAUCGCGCCUGCGGCAAUGGCCAAAUUGGGACAUCCUCUUGGAGAAAUCAAUUUGACUAAAGCAGCUGGCACGUCUGGUAUUAUCCAAGCAAUAUCCGCGAACGCGAGCUGUAGCUUAGAAGAAAUGUUCUAUGCGAGAUUGGAAGGUCAACCACUUGUCUUCCAGCUCUACCUCAACAAAGACCGGUCUGCUUCUUCCGCACUUAUCAAACGCGUUACUCAGCUUGGCGCCAGCGCUAUCAUUCUCACUGUAGAUGUAUGCUGGCAGUCGAAACGGACGCUCGACGUGAGAGGAAGGUUAAAAGAGAUGACUGAAACGCCUCCGCCGAUAUCACUUACGGCACCGGUUGCUGGUGGGAAAGAUAAAAGCGUUUCGGAAGCGAUUGGUGGAUACCAAGAUUCGAACCUAACGUGGAGCGAUAUUGGGUUUGUCAGAAAGCACACGCAUUUACCGAUUAUCGUCAAAGGCGUACAAUCCGUGGAGGAUGUACAGUUGUGUGCUGAGCAUGGUGUCGAGGGUGUCAUUAUUUCCAACCAUGGGGGCCGCCAAGCAGACUACGCCCCGGCACCCAUUGACGUGCUCUACGAACUCCGUGAAUUACGCCCAGAUCUUUUCUCUAAGAUCGAAGUCAUGGUAGACGGCGGUGUACGCAGUGGGGCCGACGUCGUAAAAGCCCUAGCUCUAGGCGCAAAGGCCGUCGGUAUCGGUCGGCCGAUCUUAUACGCAAACGGGACACAUGGCGAGGACGGUGUAGCGAGAGUGUUACAGAGUGAGGAUAAAUGA